UCUCUAUUGUCAUUGUGAGUCUAGAAGUGUCAAAGAGAUGAGUUUUACCAAUAACCAAAUAAAGCAAUCGCUCGAACAAUAAAACAUACAGUCCUUCCAACUCCUUUGAAAGUGAAUUGAUUUCGGAUUGGCGGCGUGUAAAAUGAGUUUGAGUGAACCGUUGAUAGAUAGAAAAGAAGAUGUUUAUUCUAUUCUUCGAACUUAUUUCCACCAGUUUUCUUCAGUUGACGGAGAAUUGAACAAUGUACGUCCUGCAGCUUGCUUUUCCCCUCAGGUCUUUGGAGCUGGCAAGAGUUUUGUUGGAGAAAAUUUUUUAGAGUUUUUAAAAAAAUUCGCCGACGAAGAAGAAGAGCAGACGAAGACGGAGGUUUUCAACAAGAGCUCAUCGGGAAAAGUUGAUUUGAAGAUUUUUUCUUGGAAACACUUUGCGGAAAAAACUUUAUCAGUUAGCUUACAACUAGGAGAGAGCUUUUCUGAUGCUCCUUUUCCAAGUUUUCGAAAGGCUUUGAUGUAUAACAUAGCUAUGGCUACAGCCCAGUGUAACGGUAUGACUGCCCGAGAAAUUGUAGAAUUCACGGACGCGGCGAUGAAGCAACCUAGUGUUCUUUUUUUCCAGUAUCUUCUCGAACAAUUUCAGAAACAAUAUUUAUUUUUGAUGAUAGACGAACUUAGCCAGUUGAGUUACCUCACCAAAUACUAUAGUGAACUCACCAAGAAACAGUUCAUCGAGUCUGACCCAAAAUAUGUACCUUUUCGGAACUUCUUCCGCAUUUUACGUGAUUUGUUGAUUACAGGGAAGGUAAUUGUCUAUUUGGCAGGUCGAACUGCUGAAAUCUCAGCCCCCUUGUCUGAUACUCGCUCCAGUAGUGUCACCCUCCAUAUGUUGCGGUUGAAUCCCUUUAACCUCCAUGAUAUUAACAAAUAUAUUGAGCUGGCAACUUAUGAUGGAAAGUCCUUGAAGGACNAAAAUACUUUAUUAGCCCUAGUAGAGAAAGUUGCAAACUUAUCUCAACCUGUUAUCAACGAUGAAAAUAUGGAACCCUUAUUAGAUAGAAUCUUUCACUUGGUACUACUAGAGUCGGUGACGUUUAUUGUUCCAGAGAUACUAGAUUCCGCAACCCUUCUUCGAUAUCAAUUUGUCCUUUUGAAUUAUCAGCUCGGAACAAUUUUUCCAAUUGACUUUGUAAUUACUCUAUGUGGAACGAGAACUUAUUUGAUGGACUUGCUUGCAACUUUUGGGUUUUAUUCUGAAAGUUGUGGAAUUGACGGGAUUGAUAUGGGCAUUGAAUUCAAGAUUGGUUGUUGUGAAUUUAUAUUGAGAGCUCAUAGCAACUACAACUUUUUCCGUGAGGCUACUGAACUCUUUCCUUUAUCUCCGUUUAGUUAUAUUCCCGACACUUCAACAGCAAAGGGAGUCUUCUUUGAAAUUGUAUUUAUGAAGAUCUUUCGUUUUCGCUUAUUAACUUUUCUUCAUUCUAAUUCCUGGCCUAUUGUACAUUCUGCUAUUCCAGGAAUUUUCCAGGGUUCUUUUAUUGAACAGGACAAUGUUUCUUAUUCUAUGGAAUCUACAAAAUCUUAUGAUAUACCCAUCUUGAGAAAUGUCUCUGAUUCAUUUUCUGACUAUUAUAGAGAACAUUUACAACGUUGUGGUAUUUUUGUUCCAAAAGAUGGCAAUUCUAGUGGCCCUGAUGCAUAUGUUGUAUUCCAUAAUGGACAAACACGUUAUGUUGUUGGAUUUUCAUUUACAUUUUAUCACAAAACUGAAUUUUCGAAAGCAAAUAUUAAGGAAGAAGCCAAAAAAUUUUUUAAGGGAGUUGUUUCCGUUUUGAAUGACGAAUCUUUUUCAUCUGUUCAACUUUGUUUUCAGUUUGUGGUGGUAGUUUGUACUAGAUAUGAUCGAUCUGUAGGUUUCUCUGUUGAAGAACAAAAUAUUGUUGAAGAUGCAAGUUAUUUGGUAACUGAACAUUCUACUACUAGGUCAACUUUGAAUGAAAGAAGUCGAUCAUGCAUGCAAUUGAUAAUUGUUUCCCAAAGGAACCUUGAACGAUUUUUGGGAAUAGAUAAUGUCGAUAUUUUGAGGAAAAUUGAGAAAGCAAACCGAGAAGAGUUCAGUAAAGACUUUUCAGUAUGGUGCAAAACUCUCUUUGAGUCGAUGUCCAAUGAAUAUGUUUCAUAUUUGGAAGCUGAGCAAUCAAAUGUUACUUCAAGAGUGGCUCAAAAUAUAAGACAGAGAACAAAUGAGGAGAAUCGUAUGCAAAUGGAAGGUUUUCAAAGUUCUAUACAACUGAAAAAAGAUAAAACAAGAAGAGAACAAGUAUCGAGUGGUAUAAAUACACAUUUUGACUGGAAAGAGUUUCUUUGCAAGUCUGCGUUAUUACCGGAAGAAGUUGCCACUCGUUAUGCUUUGACAUUCCCUCGUAUAUUUGGAGAUAAUCAUCAAGUGAUUCGAAGAAAGUCACUAGAGUUGAUGGGUAUACCAGAGCAAUACAUUCAAAAAAUUCUAAGAGCUGCAGUAUUACUGAAAGAAAACACAGAAAUGAAAGAAUAAUCAGCUGCUUUCAAAUUUGUGUUAUUGAGGGACAUUCUUUUUAGAAAAUAGAGUGAAAAGUGGAAGAGGGAGGAGAGAAGAAGUUCUUUGUGCUUUCAUUCUAAUUGAAGCUUACAACAACAAAGCGUAUCUCUGUUCGUAAGCUUUUAUAUUUUCCAUGAAAACGGACGAAUAAAACUAUGUUUUUUGUG